CCCAGCUCAGAGCACACUGACAGCCAGGAAGAAGAAGAUAAUGACUGCUGGCUGGAGCCUAUAGCAGCUGCUGAGGGGUGAUAUCCUGGUCAGUGAGGGGCAAAGAACUAGGGGGGCUUCGGGUGCUUAGGAAAAGGGUGCAGUUAAACCCCUCAGAUCCGCAGCAGGGUUAGUCUAUUAAAAGUAAUCAUUUUUGCAAACUAAUUGCAACUUUUGCACCCGGGUAAUAAUAACUUUUUGUUAAUUUAUUGGGAUUAUUUAACAAUAUUUUUAUUUAUUUUUUAGCAUGUCUGAUUAGGCAAAUAUUCUUAAUUGCUGGUAAUAAAAAGAGACGGAAGCCAUGACGGGGGUGACCAGGGAGGACAAUGCCAGGGAUGGGGUCCUGUUGGGUGGCAAAGUGGCAAGAGGGCAUAGAAAAGAAGAGGAGAGGUCCCCUAGUUGGGACAGGGGUGUCCCCUGCGGGGUGUCAGACGCUGCUCCUAUGUCAGGUGCCGUGAAGAAACACCAUCACAAGCGCAGUAUUAAACACCGCUACCAGCUCCUGGAGACGCUCGGAAGAGGAACCUAUGGAAAAGUGAAGAGGGCGGUAGAUAAAAGCACAGGCAUGAUGGUUGCUGUGAAGGUAAUUCAAAAAGACAAGAUCACAGAUGAGCUGGACAGGGUCCAUCUUCAGCGAGAGAUUGAGAUCACAGCGCUGCUGAAACACGAGCACAUCAUACAGGUCUUCGAAGUGUUUGAGAGCACAGAUAAGAUCAUCAUCGUCAUGGAGUACGCCAGCAAUGGAGAACUGUACGAUUUCAUAAAUAACAAGCACCAGCUCCCCGAGAGCGAUGCCCGCAGGUUCUUCAGACAAAUUGUCUCCGCUGUUCACUAUUGCCACAAGAAUGGAAUUGUGCACAGAGACAUCAAGCUGGAGAAUAUCCUCUUGGAUGAAAACCUAAAUGUAAAGCUUGCAGACUUUGGACUCUCCAAUCUCUACCACAAAAAUCAGGUCUUGGAAACGUACUGCGGCAGCCCUCUGUAUGCGUCUCCGGAGAUCGUCAAGGGUCUUCCAUACCAUGGACCAGAGGUUGAUUGCUGGGCCCUGGGCGUUCUGCUGUACGCACUGAUCUAUGGAAGCAUGCCAUUUGAUAACAGUAAUUAUAAAACACUGGCAGAACAUAUUGGCAGCGGACAGUACAGGCAGCCUCCUCAUCUGUCCGGAGCCUGUGGACUGAUCGACUGGAUGCUAACAGUAAAUCCCUCCAGAAGAGCUACCAUUGAAGACAUCGCCAACCACUGGUGGGUUAAUUGGGGCUAUGACAUCGUGGUCUGCGACUGUGAUCUGGUACCCGAAUGCCAGUCUCCGCUGCUGGCUCGGUACAUCGAGUGUCAGAACACACCGGGUUUCAAAGGAACACAGAAGGAACAUUUCAAACCCCAGCAAAGGGAAGAUGAUGAAUAUGAAGUAUGCCUGAGAAAAUCCAAAAAGGAGAAUGACAUUAAUCAAUCUCAGCAGGAACCUGAACUUAUUCUUCCAAGGCAAAUACCCAAAGGGAUCUUGAAGAAAAGGAGCAGCUUUGACAGUUCCUUUCUAAACUCUAAUUUCUCAGAGAACCUGUCUGAAAAUCGCUUGGAGCUCAGCAGAGAAGCACAAACCACAUCCGCCUAUGAGUCGCACAAGUCAGUCAAUAUCGAAUGCACUUUCAACAUGCCAAAAAAAGGAAUCCUGAAAAAAACAUUUGAGAGGGAAUCGGGUUAUUCUUCUUCUCCGGAGAGGUUAAUAUACUCAGAAAUUCAGAAAACCUACCUCACAGUACCGGAGGAAAAGGCAAAGUAUGACAAGCACUCAAAAAGAAAAAAGGGAAUUCUAAAAAAGAAUGGACGGUUCUCCACCAGCUUAGACAUUUCUGGUGACUGCUCGACUGUCAGGCUUUCGGACUCGGUGGAAGACCUGGUAAUACCUAAUGCAGAUCCUCCGAAAAGUCCAAGUCGGCCAUCAAGUGUCAUCAGUGAUGACAGUUUUCUUUCCAGCGAUUCUUUCGACCUGCUUGAUAUGACAUCUCAUACAAAAUCUCAACUGUUCUCCUAUAACCCAAGGAACCAUUUCUACAGUUCAGAGGAAGAAGACAUGUUGACCAACAAACCUAUAGAGACUCUUCGCAACCAAGAUCAUAAACUAUAGCCGGCAGCUCAGUGUUUGGAGGCUGUACCGAA